GGGUCUGUGUUCUUUUGCUAUAGCGGCCUUGACGCGGCAAAUCUCGGGAUUCGGGAAUCUCAGCGUCAGACUGGGAUCAACACGAUUUUUGGCGCAACUUCGUAUAAAUAUGUUGUGCUAGUGUUUUAAAGGAUAAGAACGAUGAGCUUCUCUAGUGAUGAAGUCAAUUUUUUGGUUUAUCGAUAUCUACAAGAGUCCGGGUUUCAACAUUCUGCGUAUACAUUUGGAAUAGAAUCACAUAUAUCACAAAGUAACAUAAACGGAGCAUUAGUACCACCAGCAGCACUUUUGUCCAUACUUCAGAAAGGAUUACAAUAUACAGAGGCUGAAAUAUCAAUAGGUGAAGAUGGAACUGUGCAAAGGAUGGUUGAAUCAUUAUCCCUUAUCGAUGCUGUUAUGCCAGAUGUUGUUGCAUCAAGGCAGAACCAAAUUAAUCAACAGAAACAACAGGUGAAAACAGAGGUGCAAGAUACAAAUGGAGAAGAAGUUGUUACUUCUAAUGAAGGUGUAGGUACAAAUGAGAGGGGUGGAGAUAGGACAGAAAUGGAAGUAGACGAACAACAACAAGGCUCAGGUGGAGGAAGUAAUGCUAGUGCAGUUGAAAUUCCAGAAAGUAAAGCUACAAAAUUACGUGGUCAUGAAUCAGAAGUGUUUAUAUGUGCAUGGAAUCCAACAACCGAUCUCUUGGCAUCUGGUUCUGGAGAUAGUACAGCUCGUAUUUGGGAUAUGUCUGAUAAUUCUCAAGCACCAAAUCAACUUGUUCUUCGUCACUGCAUACAGAAAGGUGGUACAGAAGUACCAAGUAAUAAAGAUGUUACUUCUUUAGAUUGGAAGUGUGAUGGUACCUUAUUAGCAACUGGAAGUUAUGAUGGUUAUGCAAGAAUUUGGAAAACAGAUGGUAGAUUAGCUUCAACUUUAGGUCAACACAAAGGUCCAAUUUUUGCGUUAAAGUGGAACAAACGUGGAAAUUAUAUACUGAGUGCUGGUGUAGAUAAAACAACAAUUAUAUGGGAUGCAGAAAGUGGACAGUGUACCCAACAGUUUAGUUUUCAUUGUGCACCUGCUUUAGAUGUUGAUUGGCAAACAAAUACGUCAUUCGCUAGUUGUUCUACAGAUCAAUGUAUACAUGUAUGUAAACUUAAUGUAGACAAACCAAUCAAGAGCUUCCAAGGUCAUACAAAUGAAGUUAAUGCUAUUAAAUGGGAUCCUCAAGGAAAUUUGUUAGCUAGUUGUUCAGAUGAUAUGAGUCUCAAAAUUUGGUCUAUGAAACAGGACACAUGGGUACAUGAUCUCCAGGCACAUAGCAAAGAAAUAUAUACAAUUAAGUGGUCACCAACUGGACCUGGAACACAUAAUCCAAAUAUGAAUCUAACAUUAGCUAGCGCAUCUUUUGAUUCGACAGUAAGGUUAUGGGAUGUAGAGAGAGGCGCAUGUAUACACACACUUACAAAACACACAGAGCCAGUUUACAGCGUAGCAUUUAGUCCAGAUGGUAAAUUUCUUGCUAGUGGAAGUUUCGACAAAUGUGUUCAUAUUUGGUCUACUCAGAGUGGUCAAUUGGUGCACAGUUAUAGAGGUACAGGCGGAAUAUUUGAAGUCUGUUGGAACAGUCGAGGCGAUAAAGUUGGUGCUUCUGCAUCUGAUGGCAGUGUGUUUGUUCUUGACCUUCGUAAACUGUGAUUGCAACCAUCUAAAAGACUAUAUUUCAUUUCAUGGAUUUUUUACGGUUCUAAGUUACCUUCCAUAUAUUUUAUUUCGUUACAGUUCCACUUUCUACUUUUUAAAAUAGUAGCCACGUUAUUCAGAUGGCUGAGCUGUUUGUGCUUAUUGAAUAUACUUCGAAAGAGUAUUAAUUAUUUAUAUGCAGGACUGAGAUGAGUUAAUGAUAACUUACGUCUUUAAAACAAAAAUUUCAGUUAAAACGGAAAAAAGAACUUGUAAUCUUUUCUAAUUCUUUUCCCGAUGUUUUGUUAGAAGUGUUCAGGGGAAAGGUAUUGUACAUUAGUAUUUUCAAUUGUGACACUCUGUACAGUGAAACAGUUU